GAACAAAGAGAAGGAAAGAGUGGCUCCUUCUUUCCUCUUGCAAGAAGCUCAUAAAGGUCAUCUGUCAGGUCUCUCAAUGGGGCAUUCUUCUGCCUUCCUUCCAGGGGUGGGGCAGGGCGGAUUCUGUCCAUGCCAGCCUCCUCCUCUGCACAAAGGGCCAUUCAGGCUCUUGGGCCAUUCAUGACCCGGCUUCCUGUGGACAAUGGGCCCUUGCAGCCUCAGGGGUGAUUUGAGGGGUGGGGGAAGCAUCCUUGCAUCAGUGUCUUGCCAGGCGUAGACCCACAAAUUGGGGAAUGCAGUCCCACCACUGCCCUCCUGCUAGACGCCCUUGAACCUGGGAACUGGGCCCUUCCUGCAAGGCCCAACUUCCGUCCCAGGACAGCCCCCCAGCCCCCUCCUCUCCUGUCUUCCCUUCRCUUGGCUUCCCUUUCGGGGCUUCCGAGGGCGCAUUCCUGAGGCCUGAGUCACGCCCGGCCCGCCUUCCUCCUCCUCCUGACUCCCUUCCUGCCUCCCUGCCUGCCUUCCCUCUGUGCUGCUGGGACACCCUGCUGCUCCUCCUCCUCCUCCGCUGCUCUGACCGAGGAGGAGGAGGAAGAGGCCUGCCCUCGCUGCAUGGCUYCCRGGACAGACCCCACCGCAGUGCUGCCCCGCUGCCCCACACAAGCCUUGGUGCCUCCUGCCCAGGAGGCCAAGCGAGGAGGCAGAAGCAGGAGGAGCUGUGGAGGAGAGCAGAGCCGGGCCCUGGUGAAGCAGCAGCAGCUGCUGAGACGGGAGGAUGUCUGGUCCGCGGAGGGACAGCGCCAGCAGUCUCCAGCAGAAGAAGCCUCCUGGUCUUCGGCUGGACAUCCCCCUCCCGGCCUCCGUGGGGUCUAUGCAGGAGGCGGCCAUGGCCCAGGGGCCGGACCCCUCCUCCUGCUCUUCCUCUUUGGGGCUCCCCUGGCAGCAGCAGCCCUCCCGGCGUCCGCCCUUCCUGCGCAGCGUCAGCAUGCCCUCCGACAACAACCACCGCCUCCCGUCUCCCUGCAGUGAGGGCCGGCGGAGGAUGGAGCUCCAGCGCCACGCCUCCAUCACACAGACCAUCCGCAGGCAGGUGCACUUUGAGAUGACCCAGACCCUGCCCUCUGGGGGGCGCCAGGUGGGGGGCAGGCAGCCCCUGAGGAAGCGCCACUCCCUGCCCAGAACCCUCCUCAGGGGUACGGCGGACUGGUUUGGGAUCAGCAAGGAGAGCGACACCACGCAGAAAUGGCAGCGGAAGAGCCUGCGCCACUGCAGCCUGCGCUACGGGAGGCUGAAGCCCCAAGUCAUCCGGGAAAUGGACCUCCCCAGCCAGGACAACCUCUCCCUGGCCAGCACCGAGACACCACCCCCACUCUACGUGGGCCCCUGCCAUCUGGGCAUGCAGCGGAUCGUUGACCCUCUGGCGCGGGGGCGGGCCUUCCGGAUGGCAGAGGAGAGCGAUGGCUACAGCGCCCCCCAUACGCCCAUCACACCUGGGGGUGCCUCCCUCUGCUCCUUCAGCAGCUCCCGCUCAGGGUUCAGCCGCUGGCCGCGCAGACGUAAGCGGGAGUCUGUGGCCAAGAUGAGCUUCCGGGCCGCAACUGCUCUCAUGAAGGGCCGCUCCGUGAAGGAGGUCUCCCUCCGCCGCGCCCGGCACCGCAGCUUCACCCCGGCCAGCUUUUUGGAAGAGGACACAGUGGACUUUCCGGACGAACUGGACACCUCCUUCUUUGCUCGGGAAGGAGUCCUCCAGGAAGAGCUCUCCACCUGCCCCGACGAGGUCUUUGAAUCGCCUUCCGAAGCGGCCAUCAAGGAGACGGAAGCGAAGCUCCCGCCGCCGGAGGAGCAGCCGGCCCUGACUGGGGGCGCCUUGGACCGGAGCGAACUGGAGAGGAGCCACCUCCUGCUCCCCUUGGAACGUGGCUGGCGGAAGCAGAAGGAGGGUGCUGCCGCCUUGGUGCCGCCGCAGCCCAAGGUGCGCCUGAGGCAGGAGGUAGUAGCGCUGGGGCUGCAGCGGCGUGGGCAGCGCAUCACGGUCCCCGUCCGCAAACUCUUUGCCAAGGAGAAGCGUCCCUAUGGCUUGGGCAUGGUGGGCCGGCUGACCAACCGCACCUACCGCAAGCGCAUUGACAGCUUUGUCAAGCAGCAGAUUGAGGACAUGGAUGACCACCGGCCAUUCUUCACCUACUGGGUCACCUUCGUCCACUCCCUCAUCACCAUCCUGGCCGUCUCCAUCUACGGCAUUGCGCCUGUGGGCUUCUCCCAGCAUGAGACAGUGGACUCGGUCUUGAGAAACCGCGGGGUUUAUGAGAAUGUGAAGUACGUCCAGCAGGAGAACUUCUGGAUCGGGCCCAGUUCAGAGGCCCUCAUCCACCUGGGCGCCAAGUUCGCUCCCUGCAUGCGCCAGGACCAGCAGGUACACAGCUUCAUCAGCGCCGCCCGCGAGAAGGAGAGGCACUCGGCCUGCUGCGUGCGCAACGACAAGUCUGGCUGCGUCCAAACAGCCGAGGAGGAGUGUUCUUCCACUCUGGCCGUCUGGGUGAAGUGGCCUGGCCACCCUAGUGCCCCUCCCCUGCUGGCAGGAGACAAGCGGCAGUUUGGGUCAGUCUGCCACCAAGAUCCCAGGGUCUGUGAGCAGCCGGCCUCCAUGGAUCCACACGAGUGGCCUGACGACAUCACCAGGUGGCCGAUCUGCACCAAGAACAGCGCCGGGAACCGCACCAACCACCUGCACAUGGAUUGCGUGAUCACAGGCCGACCCUGCUGCAUCGGCACCAAGGGUGUGAGAUCACUUCAAGGGAGUACUGCACCUUCAUGCAUGGCUACUUCCACGAAGAGGCCACUCUCUGCUCCCAGGUGCACUGCAUGGACGAUGUCUGUGGCCUCCUGCCCUUCCUCAACCCAGAAGUCCCGGACCAGGUUUACCGGCUGUGGCUCUCCCUCUUCCUUCAUGCAGGGUAAGCCUGGCUCUUUCGCCCUUUUAAUCCCUGGUGGUCUUGGGGAGGGGUUGUCUUGUGGGGCUCGGCACAGCCAUUUCUGGUCACAGCCCCCUCUGCUCUCUCUCUCUCUCUCUAGGGUCCUGCACUGCCUGGUGUCCGUCUGCUUCCAGAUGACCAUCCUGCGGGACUUGGAGAAGCUGGCUGGCUGGCACCGCAUCUCCAUCAUCUACCUGCUGAGCGGCAUCACAGGAAACCUGGCCAGCGCCAUCUUCUUGCCGUACCGGGCGGAGGUGGGUCUCGUGAAGGGGGGAGGACAAGUCUCAUCUCAGGCCCAGCCCUUUAAUCCCUGCUCCCUCCCCCUCCUCAGGUGGGUCCAGCCGGGUCCCAGUUCGGCAUCCUGGCCUGCCUCUUUGUGGAGCUCUUCCAGAGCUGGCAGAUCCUGGCGCGCCCCUGGAGGGCCUUCCUCAAGCUGCUGGCGGUGGUGCUCUCCCUCUUUGCCGUUGGGCUCCUGCCUUGGAUCGACAACUUUGCCCAUAUCUGCGGCUUCGUCAGCGGCCUCUUCCUCUCCUUCGCCUUCCUGCCUUACAUCAGCUUUGGGAGGUUCGACCUCUACCGCAAGCGCUGCCAGAUCCUGGCCUGCCAGCUGGUCUUUGCAGGACUCCUGGCCGGCCUGGUGGUGCUCUUCUACGUCUUCCCCCUCCGCUGCCAGUGGUGUGAGCUCCUCACCUGCCUGCCUUUCACGGACAAGUUCUGCGAGAAGUACGAGCUGGACGCCCAGCUCCACUGAGGGACACAGACCCAAACGCCUCCCGAAAGGCCCUCCUCCGACUUGCACUUGCCUUAUCUCACCGACCGGGCCCUCCCUCCCUCUUCCUCUGACCAGGGAGGGCCCCUGCCUUGUCCGGCUCAGCCGGACCCUCCUCUGCUGCCAUCUUUUUAUUACCACUAAUUCCAAAGUGGCCUUUUUAAUGAGAUUUAUUACGUGUUGCCCAGGUGGCGAUUAAAUACACACAAGGUAGCGUUUUAGCUACAUUUACAAA